CGCUUGCGAGCCAUGCCUCACAAAAGGAAGAAACCCUUUAUAGAAAAAAAGAAAGCUGUAACAUUUCACCUGGUACACAGAAGUCAGAGGGACCCUUUGACAGCUGAUGAUACUGCACCUCAGAGAGUUCUGUUGCCUGCACAGAAGGGAGACUCUGAGGAGAAGAGAAGAGAAGAGCAGAGGAAGUAUGGAGUGUUCUUUGAUGAUGACUACAAUUACCUGCAGCAUCUAAAAGAAGCCUCGGGUACCUCUGAGCUCAUCCCUGCUGAUGUGCCUGGUCCACAGAACAGGAAUGUAGUGAGAGAGGAAGAAGAGAAAGAGGAAGAAAGUCAGCAAAUUACAGUUACCUCUAUUAAGUUGCCUUCCUCAGUGUUUGCUUCAGAGUUUGAAGAGGAUGUGGGACUGUUAAAUAAAGCUGCUCCUGUUUCAGGACCUCGUUUGGAUUUUGACCCUGAUAUUGUUGCAGCUCUUGAUGAUGACUUUGACUUCAACAAUCCAGAUAAUCUUCUUGACGAUGACUUUGUCCUAAAGGCCAACGAGCUAGGGAAAGGAGAGGAUUAUCGGGGAUCUGGUAUUGAGGAUGAAGAUGAGUGGGAGGAUAUGGAUGAUGAAGGAAAGGACGACAAUAUUAGUGAUGAAGAUUAUGAUUCAGAGGGUCCUUUAUCAGACAAUGAGAGAGUUGGUGAAGAGCUGAAAGAGUUUCUUUUCAUGCAAGAGGAGACAAAGAGUCGUUUCACUGAAUAUUCCAUGACUUCAUCAGUAAUGAGAAGGAAUGAGCAGUUGACCCUACUAGAUGAGAGAUUUGAGAAGUUUUAUGAACAGUUUGAUGACGAUGAGAUUGGAGCAUUGGAUAAUGUGGAAUUAGAAGGCUUUAUUCACACUGACAGCACUCGAUUGCAGGAAGUCCUGAAUGACUACUAUAAAGAGAGAGCUAAGGACUGUGUGAAACCCAGCACUGUUGAAUCAAGAGAGGAUUUAGAUUCUCCUCUCAACGAGAAGGGUGAGGAAGAAGAAAUCAUAACUUUAGUUAUUGAGGAACCCAAAGAGAAGUGGGAUUGUGAAUCCAUUUUGAGUACAUACUCAAAUUUGUAUAAUCAUCCAAAACUUAUUGAGGAACCAGCAAAGUCCAAACCAAUCAAAAUUUCUCACAAGACUGGAAUUCCACUGAAUAUUUUGCCUCAGAGAGGUCUUACGGCUAAGCAGACUGAACGUAUGCAAAUGAUUGAUCAAAAUGAUCUGCCAAGAGUGUCCACACAGCCACGUUCCAAAAAUGAAAGCAGUGAAGAUCGAAAAGCAAGAAAACUAGCUAUAAAGGAAGAAAGAAAGGAACGCAGAAUAGAAAAGAAAGCCAACAAAUUAGCCUUCAAACUGGAAAAAACAAGACAAGAAAAAGAACUGCUCAAUCUGAGACAGAACAUUCAAGCACUAAAGCUAUCAUAAUGGAACAGAUUCUCAUAUUGCAGAAAAUUCUUUGCAUUGGUCUUUGUGCUAGAAUCUUAGGAAGAGACAGACUCUCUUAACCUCUUUUCCUCAUGGACAGAUGUUUAUAACAUAGUAUUUUAAUGGAUCUGGUUAUAGAAAAAUUGACUUAAACAAUCUCUUUUUUUAAAGUAAAACUUAAACAAUUUUUGGUUACAAAUUUAAAUGUAGAGUAGUAUUACUAUAUUUUUCUGUCAUGAACAUAGCUAUUUAUGAACUGAGUUAUAAUGUUUAAAUUACGGAAACAUUUUUUUCUAUGCAACUGUUUUUGUACAUAUUAAGAAAAUAUAGAACUACUGUGAUUUAAGAUACCUUGGUGCUACUUCUAGAAUAGAUUUAUCUCGCUAAAUGUGUAUAAUAUAAUUUCCUCUCUCUAAAUGCAGGCUCAAUUGGAAACCAUGCUUUGACCUUAGCACAGUUCCAUAUAUCAAGAAUAUACAAUUAGAUACGUCUGAGCACUUUAGGACUCUUGCCUGUGAGACUUAAAAAAGAAUUUUUUUCAGUCAUGCUUUUGUGAGAUGGUUUUAUUGUUUUUGGUAGUUUCUUCAAGUUCUUCAGCACAAACUUUUUCUCCUCUAUGGGUCUGAUGUAAUUAUAUACAUUUGUAUCCAUUCCUAGUAUGAACUGACUCAGCAGUAAAUUUCCUUUUCUGUUUUCUUUAUAAAAACACUAAAUGAAGGUGUGCCAAUAGCAGAAAGCAGUGUGAAUCCUCUCUGUUUAGAAACUGCUUCAAGUGCUUUUGUUAUAACCGCUAUUGCUGCUUCUGAAAUUGAACUAUUGAAAUUCCACUCUAAAACGGUUUCCUUUUUCCUCAAAUCUCUUUCCACAUGCUAUCAUAUCCAAAUCUGUAGAAAUUAGCUCACCUAGUAGUCCUAUCUGGGGGAAAAAUGUAGAAGGCUGGUAUGAUACAAACAUCUUUUGUUCAUGCUUUCAUUUUUCUUCUAGCUAUGCUAGUUUUCAUGUACAUCAUAGGAUAGGGCAGGAUAUAUGUGUCAUAAUUGUUAAUUAUUUGGUUGCUAAUAACUGGCAUCUUGAAAUACAUCAAACAUGUUCACUGUGUAAGUAAAAGUUGACCACCUAGCACCAAUGUUUACUGAAAGUGUUUAAAGAGGGAAUUUGAGAAAUUUGCAUAUAAAGAUGAGUCAUGUGUAUGAAGAGGAAUUCAAUGAAAAAGGUAACAUGCAAAGUUUGGUAUUUUGAAUACAGUGUAAUGUUGUGUAGUAAACAUGAAUUUAAUUAGCAAUAUUGCCACAUGUCAAUAUUGAGGAGUGCUAUGAUCUAUCUGCUGCUGUACAGUUCUGAAGUUCACAAACCAUAAUUCUCUGGAGGUGCAUAUUAUGUUAAGUUGUUGAAGGAGAGAUGGGAAGUAAAGGAAAAGGAUAUUCAGCUUUCAGGUAGGCUUUGAUGCCAAAACUGAGUCAGAUCAGGCAAGAAAAUCUUAGUUUAUUCUACGUACCUAAAAACUGAUCUUUUUUUUUUCUUCAGUUAUUCUUAUUUGCCAUGGUCCGUGUCCAUAUAUGGCUUGCAUUAUGCCAUCAAUAGUGGUAAUACCCUGUAAUUGAGUUUGGGGAUGUUUUUAUGCUGUAUUUGACUACAGGAAGAUGAAGCAGGCCUGUUCUUCACAAUGCUUCUUCAUUACUAUGUUAUUUCUUUUGCUCCUGGUUUAUCAUCUUCAUAGAGUACAAAGGAAUGAAAGGUAAGAGAACAAGAGCAGGCCAGAGCAAGAACAAAGACACAAUUGGGACGUCAACAGUAUUUUUAAAAGGGAGAGAAUGGGGUAGAAUAGAAGCUAGAGGCGCAAAAAGAUGUGGGUUGGAAAUAAUGAAAUUGAGGUGAGCUAACAGAAUGGAGAAAAAAAAUAUAAAAUUAUUUUGGUCCUCCAUUGUUCACAACAGUGAGCAGUGAUGUUAUCCUACUAUGUAUGUCUCAAAGUAAUCUUUUCCUAAUGUCUUCUGCAAUAAAAUAAUCUUGCCAAGAGUCUCAUACUGCUGAGUGGCAAACCUUGCCUUCGCUUCUGUGAACACGUGCAGAACCUUAGGCCUGCAAGUCUGUUUUGGGUUUUCUCCCUCCUUCCCCGUACAUAAAUGCAGGGAAGUGGACCUCUUUAAACUCCAACAAUCAAUAAUUUUUGCCUAAUGCUGGGCUCCGUGUGGAGAGACUGAUAGGAAAUCCGAUUUAUGUUGUGUUAAGACAUGGUACUAUUGUUGAUUUGGGGAGGGGGAAACAUUGAGAACCGUCUUCUCACUGAAAAAUGUAGUACCAUCUAAAGAGAUGCUCAGCAAUAUGUCAAUUUCACUAAAAUUUUACUUUGAAGGAAAAGUGACAUUCUGAAAGUUUUCAAAAUUAAAUCUUUUGAUAUUUUUACUUUGUUUUAAAAAUUAUAUUUUGUAUUGCAUGUUAUAAAAUGUAAGUGUUUUUGAUUACCCA